AUGUCAGCAUUAUCGUUAGCUAAAUUAUCUCCAUUCUCAAUAUCACUUCUGACUUCUUCUCCAAUAAAUUCCGUUCCGAUUCCAACUUUAUCAGAACUUCAAAAACAAGCUAAAGAUUUCGGUGGGAGUUUUACUUCUUUAGGAUCUUUACCAGCUUAUAGCGUUCAACCAAAGAUUGAACCUUCUCCUCCGGGAUAUGAACCGAGGGAUCCUGCAGAUGGUAAGAUUAGGAAAAGUAGGAAAGGUUGGAAGAGGGUAGAAAUACAGGGUGGUAUACCUGGGGAAAGGGGAGUAAAGGACAAGUCAGUCAGACUGGGUCAAUUCUGGUCAGGAUAA